AUGUCCGCCAUGAUGGUAAAACUGGGGCUUAACAAGUCUGUGUUGUUAUUGAAACCCUCCGUCUUUUCAAGAGCAGCCGCUUUGAGCACCUCGAGAAGACUCCUUUUUAAUACAGCCAGGACAAGCUUCCUGUACACUUCAUCACUGAAGAACAUAGCCACUGAAAUGAACACCAAAGCCGCCAUUGCCGAGGAGCAAGUAUUAAAUAAACAGAGAGCGAAAAGACCUAUUUCUCCACAUCUAACCAUUUACCAGCCACAAUUGACUUGGUAUCUAUCUUCUUUACACCGUAUCUCGUUGGUUUUCAUGGGACUGGGAUUCUACUUGUUCACUAUGCUCUUCGGCGUUUCCGGUUUAUUAGGCUUGGGGUUGACUACUGACAAGGUCUCUAAUUGGUACCAUCAAAAGUUCUCCAAGAUUACCGAAUGGUCCAUAAAGGGCUCCUUUGCGUACCUGUUUGCGAUCCACUACGGUGGCGCCAUCAGACACUUGAUCUGGGACACGGCUAAGGAACUGACACUAAAAGGCGUGUACAGAACUGGUUACGCACUUCUUGGCUUUACCGCCGUCCUCGGCACUUAUCUAUUAACUUUAUGA